AUGCAACACGACUCUAAUAUCAACUUUUUGUCUCCGUUGGCUUACAGGCCAGAUGGGCAACCAGCAUCUCCAAGUUCAAGUCGACGUACCUCGCUGGCAUCCAACAGGGACUACCCCCUAGAGCCUGAAGCCCAACAAUGUCUACCUGAGCCAGACGAUGCUGCAACAGAGGAUGUAGCAUCUACGAUAACCGGUCCACGCGUUUCGACCGAUGGCACGACGAAGUACGACCGUGUUGCGGAAGACGACACUGAUGGCGCCGUAUCGAGGGUUGACUUGCCUAACAACAGGUUGGGCUUUUUCACUAUCGUAACAGAUUGCGCCGCUGUGGUUCUUCCCUUGGGUCUCAUUGUCUUCAUCGUCAUUGUGUGGCGCCUUGACGGUUCCGAGAGUACUGAAAGCUCCCGCGGGGCCUGGCGAAACGCAAUCACGAUCCUUGCGACUGCCUUUCCGAUCCUAUUUGCGUCAGUUGUAGGUCGUCUUACAUAUGAAGCGGCUCGCUGGAAGCUAGAAACCGGCACGACCCUCGGUUCUCUCGAGCAGUUCCUAGGCAGCCGAACGGUCGGCGCCACCCUACUCAAUCUGAUCCAACUUCGAUCAUUCAAUAUCGUGGGUACUGCUUUGGUAUUGAUAUGGGCCCUCUCACCUUUGGGCACUCAAUCUAUUUUGAGAAUGAUGUCCUCACAAAUCGCCCCAGACAACAUAAACACGACGAUAACCUACUUCGACACCAACGCUGAGAGUCAAGCCAUUCAGUGGGCGACUUGGGUGGGAUUCUCGUACUCAACCUCAAUGGCAAGCUUUCGGCCCAUGUCGACAUUGUAUAACACCCUGAUCUCAAUGCCUGAAGGACUGAAAGCGGAUCCUAUGGAUGUCUGGGGUAACGUCAAAAUACCUUUCCUGAAGCGCUUAGACACAGAUGAUUGGGUGGACUUGGAUCAAGAUCUCGGCGUGAAUGAGUAUUCGUCUUUGGCCGGGAUCCCUCUCAACAGCAUCGAAGUUGGACACACUGUAUUUUCACUGGAGUCCAGCUACAUGAGCUUAGACUGCUCGGAUGUUGAAACCCUCAAGAUGGAUCUAGGAGAUGACGACCUACUGAAAGAAGAAGUAUUCCGCGACGAUUUAUCAGCCUCUUCCCUGGCUGUCGACACUAGUGUCACACGAAACGCGAAGUUAUCCAAUGGUACUUGGCACGGAUAUGACUACACAAGAAACGCCACCGGGCUAGAUUCGACUUGGAUUCUGGCGCUUGACAGAUUUAUAGAUCGGAUAUGGUCGAUGGAACCUGCGGAUUAUCCAACAAAACCAGCCGUUGGCCCUCUGCAUGGUCGCGUCGAGGACAUGCACCGACCCAUCUUGUUCAAAGAGGAGCAGCACAUCGACGCUGGGCCAACGACUCUCCUAUUCCAAAGCAUAUUCCCUCCGCAAGAAUUCAAUCCAGGAUGUUCGGCAAAGAGCCUCUGCAGGGUAUCUCAGGAGUACGCCGAGUCCCGCGUCAACUGUUCUCGCACGGCUCGGACCGACAGACACAACUGCACCGUGGUAGCCCAGCGGAAAUCUCAGAAGAAAAAUGCUCCUGGGGAUAUAUCUCAGUUAUCGUUCCCCGCCGUCUUCGAUUUUGUCUCACGCGAGCUUCCGCUCUCCAUCGGAGGCUCUACGGCAUACAAGUCCGAGUUCUCGCUUUACCAUCUCGCUGACCCAGGGCUGAAACAACUGAGCCAGCUUUCGUUCGAGAUCGCAGAGUGGGAUGCGGAUAAACCAACAUUUAGGGCCAAGAUCUCCGUCGAUGCAGAAACAAGUACCCCUAUUAUCAACUUUGAGAUCUCCUCAUUAUGGAUUACGCUUUUCUUGGUCGCGAGCAUCGUGCUUCUUGCAGCUGGCAUCUCGAGCGUUGUCUUCAAACACUGCACAUACGGGCCAGAGAUCCUUGGGUACGCUUCUACUGCGUUGCGAGAUUCGAGAUAUUUUGAUGUGCCAAAAGACUAUAGAGGGCUGGAUGGAAUUGAUCUAUCACGUAAGAUGAAAUCUGAGCGGCUUCGUUUUGGCUUGAUACAAGAUCUGAAGGAGGGACAAUCACGAACGGGAGUUGGUCAUCAAGAGAGUACGGAUCGAUUAGGAAAACAACAGAAUCGUGACUGA